AAGAUGGUGGCGGCGCCGUGCGCCCGGAGGCUGGCCCGGCGCUCGCACUCGGCGCUGCUCGCGGCGCUCACCGUGCUGCUGCUGCAGACGCUGGUCGUGUGGAAUUUCAGCAGCCUCGACUCCGGGGCCGGGGAGCGCCGCGGGGGCGCAGCGGCCGGCGGCGCGGAGCAACCGCCCCCGGCCCCGGCCCCGCGCCGGGAGCGCCGGGACCUGCCAGCCGGGCCGGCUGCAGCCCGAGGCGGCGGAGGAGGACGGGGGACCCCGGCGCGGGCGCGGGGAGGCGGCCCCGGAGAACCCCGAGCGCAGCAACCGGCCAGCCGGGGGGCACUGCCCGCGCGGGCGCUGGACCCUCAUCCAAGUCCCCCGAUCACCCUGGAGACCCAGGAUGGCUACUUUUCUCACCGGCCGAAAGAGAAAGUGCGAACGGACAGCAACAAUGAGAACUCAGUCCCCAAAGACUUUGAGAAUGUGGACAACAGCAACUUCGCACCCAGGACUCAAAAGCAAAAGCACCAGCCUGAGUUGGCAAAGAAGGCCCCGAGUAGACAGAAAGAGCUUUUGAAAAGGAAGCUGGAGCAGGAGGAGAAGGGGAAGGGACAUUCGUUCGCAGGCAAAGGCACCACCGAGGCGCUGCCUCCCGGGGAGAAAGCUGCGGUGAACAGUAGCCGUGGGAGGGAUGCCCCAAGACAGCCCCAUACCAGGAAAAGUGGGGGCGGCUCCCCCGAGCUCAAGUACGACCAGCCCCCCAAGUGUGACAUCUCAGGCAAAGAGGCCAUCUCCGCCCUGUCCCGCUCCAAGUCCAAACACUGCCGCCAGGAGAUCGGGGAGACCUACUGUCGCCACAAGCUCGGACUGCUGAUGCCCAAGAAGGUGACUCGAUUCUGCCCCCUGGAAGGCAAAGCCAACAAGAACGUGCAGUGGGAUGAGGAUUCGGUGGAAUAUAUGCUGGCCAACCCAGUCCGAAUUGCCUUCGUCCUGGUGGUCCACGGCCGUGCCUCUCGGCAGCUGCAGCGCAUGUUCAAGGCCAUUUAUCACAAAGACCACUUCUACUACAUCCACGUGGACAAGCGCUCCAAUUACCUGCAUCGGCAAGUGCUACAGUUCGCCAGACAGUAUGGCAAUGUUCGCGUCACCCCCUGGAGGAUGGCCACCAUCUGGGGGGGAGCCAGCCUCCUGUCCACGUACCUGCAGAGCAUGCGGGACCUCCUAGAGAUGACUGACUGGCCCUGGGACUUCUUCAUCAACCUCAGCGCUGCUGACUACCCCAUCAGGACAAAUGACCAGCUGGUGGCAUUUCUCUCCCGAUACCGAGAUAUGAAUUUCCUGAAGUCACACGGCCGGGACAAUGCAAGGUUCAUCCGAAAGCAGGGUCUGGACCGGCUCUUCCUGGAGUGUGACGCCCACAUGUGGCGCCUGGGGGACCGGCGAAUCCCGGAGGGCAUUGCGGUGGAUGGAGGCUCGGAUUGGUUCCUGCUGAACCGGAAGUUUGUGGAGUAUGUGACGUUCUCCACAGAUGAUCUAGUGACCAAGAUGAAGCAGUUUUACUCCUACACCCUGCUUCCUGCUGAGUCCUUCUUCCACACGGUCCUGGAGAACAGCCCCCACUGCGACACCAUGGUGGACAACAACCUGCGCAUCACCAACUGGAACCGGAAGCUGGGCUGCAAGUGCCAGUACAAGCACAUCGUGGACUGGUGCGGCUGCUCGCCCAAUGACUUCAAGCCACAGGAUUUCCACCGCUUCCAGCAGACUGCCAGGCCCACCUUCUUUGCCCGAAAAUUCGAAGCCGUGGUGAAUCAGGAAAUCAUCGGGCAGCUGGACUACUACCUGUACGGGAACUACCCUGCGGGCACCCCGGGCCUCCGCUCCUACUGGGAGAACGUGUACGACGAGCCGGACGGCACCCAAAGCCUGAGCGACGUGGCGCUCACCUUGUAUCACUCCUUCGCCCGCCAGGGCCUCCGUCGGGCGGAGUCGUCGCUGCACGUGGAGGGGGAGAAUAGCUGCCGGUACUACCCGAUGGGCCACCCGGCAUCUGUCCACCUCUACUUCCUUGCGGACCGCUUCCAGGGCUUUCUGAUCAAGCAUCACGCCACCAAUCUGGCCGUGAGCAAACUGGAGACCCUGGAGACGUGGGUGAUGCCAAAGAAGGUCUUCAAGAUCGCAAGCCCACCCAGUGACUUCGGGAGGCUCCAGUUUUCCGAGGUCGGCACUGAGUGGGAUGCCAAGGAGCGGCUCUUCCGUAACUUUGGGGGUCUCCUGGGGCCCAUGGACGAGCCAGUAGGCAUGCAGAAAUGGGGGAAAGGCCCCAACGUCACCGUGACUGUCAUCUGGGUGGAUCCCGUCAACAUCAUCGCAGCCACCUACGACAUCCUGAUUGAAUCCACUGCCGAGUUCACCCACUACAAGCCCCCUUUGAACUUGCCCCUGAGGCCCGGGAUCUGGACAGUGAAAAUUCUUCACCACUGGGUGCCAGUUGCAGAGACCAAAUUCCUUGUUGCACCUCUGACCUUCUCAAACAGGCAGCCCAUCAAACCAGAGGAGGCAUUGAAGCUGCACAACGGGCCCCCCCGCAGCGCCUACAUGGAGCAGAGCUUCCAGAGCCUGAACCCCGUCCUCAGCCUGCCCAUCAGCCCGGCCCAGGUGGAGCAGGCGCGGAGGAACGCGGCCUCCACGGGCGCAGUGCUGGAGCGCUGGCUGGACUCUCUGGUAGGUGGCAUGUGGACUGCCAUGGACGUCUGCACCACAGGCCUCAGUGCCUGCCCCGUCAUGCAGCCCUGCAGCCAGACGGCCUGGAGCUCCUUCAGCCCCGACCCCAAGUCCGAGCUGGGGGCUGUCAAACCCGAUGGGCGGCUCAGGUAGCACCGGGCCCGCGUGGGCCUCAGCAGAUCUCAGAGGGAAAGCAGCUCGAGGGCUGGUGGCGCCCGGACCCUGGCCCCCCCAGUCCCGGGGCUGCCUUUUGGACGAGGGGGCUCUCCUGGCUACAGAAAGGUGGAGAAGGAAGGUGCGGAGGUCAAGGCAGUUCCUGCCAACGACCCGCGUGCGGCACGCUGGCCCCUGGGGGUGAGGAUUGCUGGGUCCCAGCGCCAUUGUGGUCUUACCUCUUCUGGUGGAUCCUCGAAGCCUCCAGGUUCCUUGUCCUCCCCCUCGGUGACCCAAUCCCCCCAGUCAAGUGAUUCUCCAACUUUUAUUUUGAGCAGAAUUUUGUUUACUAAGUGUAGUUGGAGGUGGAAGGUCAAGGUGUGGUUGAAAUCCAGGCUGCUCUGGUUGAAGCUGGCGAGUCUGAGGUUCUUCCUCAACACUCAGCCCACUGGGCAGUCCCUUUGCCCGGGGACCUCCUGAGGUACCUCCCCAGAACCCAAGGGUUCUGCAAAACCCCGUAUGAAAAGCACUGCCCAGACCGUGGGCUUGAUCUCCAGCCCCACCCUUGGGCUCAUCUUCCUGCUCCUGAGCAGGGAAAGGGGACUGGCUGAGCCUUCCACCCACCCUUGUCCGGUGAGUUAUCCUCCUUACUAACGAGAUAAGCAGGAGAGCUUUUUGAUGGGACAUGGCCGGGGUUCCCCAAAGUCUGCAGUCCAGGCCAGCCUCCCUCCAGACUGCCCCCGGAGGUGGCAUCAAUGGGAUGAGGUUCAGGGGUAUGAGCAUCAAAUCUCCCAGCCAUUCAGGGGCCGGGAGAACUCAGGACAAUGGCCAGGAAACGCAGAGAUGGUUUGGAGCCAACUCCUGAGCUGAACACAGCAAUACCCACCCCCUGCCUGAGCCCUUGCGCUCUGAGGUCGGGCACUCCAGACCUUUGGGAAUUGCCCCACCCCGGUGCUGUAGGGAAGUGACCAGGGAUUUUCACAUCCAGGAACAAGCAUUUCAGACUUGGGUUCUAAAUUCAUGCCCGCCCUUCUCUGAGGUGCCUUGGAGGCCCCUGUGCUGUGCCGGUGGAAGCUGGAAGCUUGAGCAUCAAUCAGAGUGGUUCAAGCCUAAACAAACAAUAGUGUUCUUCCAGCCUAAACAAACAAUAGUGUUCUUCCAACUGCUUGAGUUGCCAUAAACCUGAAAUGUGUCCUUGCUGUGUGCCUCGGAGGGCCGGACCUGCUCUGCUGGAGAGCCCAUCCCAAGGCCCCUUCCUUCUCCAAUUGCAGCCUCCCCCCCCGGCCCCCCUCCCAGGACAGGCUUUCCUUGGCCAAGGCCCACCCCUCGUUGCUAACUGCCCUGGAGGGCCCAUCCUUGUGUUUCUGGGCAGCGUGGGUAUGAAGGUACUGCAGUUCCCCCUGACUGCUCCACACUCACCCCGCAGCCCCUGCCCCGCCAGGCCGCAUGUCCUGGGGGCCAGGGAGGGUCUGGAGGAGGGACACUUUCGGUAUUUAUUAUUUCUAUGUUUUAGUCAAUGACUAAUGAGUAGGUGCUGCUUUUGCAGCUUGUCAGUUAUGUCUCUUACUAACUGAAGCUGCCUUUAUUCACGAAAGGCCCCCCCCCUUUCCCCGCCCCCAGUGUCUGUCUCCUGUCUGCCCCGCAUUCUCCAUGUCCUCAGAGGAAAGCAGGGGUGUUGGACACCACGAGGAGAACGCUUGCACCAGCAUCAU